GGACGAGUUGGGAUCUGAAUCAGCAGUAAGAGAUGACUGCUUCUCAGUGAAUUACAGCAGAGCCGGAGGAUGGUGGUGAAGAUGAAACUGGCCCUGUGCAGAAUCACCUGCAUGUUAACGCUGGUGGUACAGCUGAGCUGGAUGAACCUCGGUUACAGCGUGCACAGAGAGGGAGAAACCCGGGUAAUGGCGCAGUGGGAGCGGAAAGUGCGGGCUGCGUCCAGCCUGGAUGAGCUGCUGAAGCUGGCAGACUUUCCUGACUGGAAGCUGUGGAAGUGUCGUCUGAGGCUGCAGCAGCCAGAGGCCCCAACUGAUGCCCAGUUCUCCCCUUCCUCAGCAGGCUCGCACCGUUCCACACGCUACGCUGCUGAGUCUUACAGUCUGGAGAUUCUCAAAGCCAUAGAUGAAGAGUGGCAGAGGACUCAGUGCAUGCCCAGGGAGACCUGUGUUGAUGUGGCCAAAGAACUGGGCACGGAUCCUGCCAUGUUUUUCAAGCCGCCGUGCGUGUUGAUUCACAGGUGUGGUGGCUGCUGCCAUCAAGAAGGCGUCACCUAGAACACAACCACCACAUAUGUAAAUAAAACACUCUUAAGUGUGAUUCCAUUCAAGUUUGUUCCAGAGCCUGUGCUUAUAAAAGUGGCAAAUCACACAGAAUGUCAGUGCACGGAGCCUGCCAUCAUACGACGCAACGCUCAUGCUCACAGGAACAGUGGCUGCUCUCCGAUGGGCCAGCUGUCAGAGGCUGAGGACACGAGGAGACUUUGUGCCACUGGGCUGAUCUGGGACUGCUCCACAGAUGAAUGCAUCCCGUAUCCAUCUAGUAAACCAGGUGUGUCUCUGCACUGA